AUGCAAAAGGCACUCCAAUACAGAGAUUGGCUUUCAACCACCGCCACAGGAGGAGGGGCUACCAAUCCUCCGCCGGGGAAUGGAAGAACGAGUGAUGAAGACAAAGACAAGGCGAUUGUGAAAAAACAGGUGACGGAAAAUGCGGUGGUGGUGUUUGCCAGAAGAGGUUGCUGCAUGUGCCACGUGGUCAAGCUUUUACUUCAAGGCCAUGGCGUCAACCCCACCCUAUUCGACUUGGAUGAGCAGAACGAAGCUGCUGUUUUGAAUGAAUUGUCAAAGAUUGCCACCGAAGAAGAAGGAUGCUCCGCUGCCGGACCCAAUUUUCCGGCGGUGUUUGUCGGCGGAAAAUUGCUUGGAGGGCUUGAAGAAAUCAUGCGUGCUCAUAUUUCCGGUGAAUUGGUGCCUCGUCUAAGAGAAGCUGGAGCCCUUUGGCUCUGA